GGUGAUGGCGGUGGUGAUGAUGAUGGCAGUGGUGAUGUGUCACCGGUCGGUCCGUCUGCAGAACUAUAAAUAGGGAAGGGUCGGCCCUUCUGCACAACAGGACAAAGCCAAGCGGAAGGAGGCCAAAGAGUCGUCUGUUGAAGAUCUCCACCCAACCCAAGGCUGCCAUGUCUCCAAAGGGAGCUGCCGUCUUCCUUGGCCUCUUGGCCAUCAUUGCAGGGGCCCAGGCCGAGGUCAGCGCUGAGCAGGUGGCGGACGUGGUCUGGGGCUACUUCUCGCAGCUGGGCAGCAACGCCAAGGAGGCCGUGGAGGCACAGAUCCCCACCUCCGAGGUCAGCCAGAAGCUCAACUCCCUCUUCCAGGACAACCUGGACACGGUCAGCGCCUACGCCCUCGAGCUGCAGAAGCAGGUGGUGCCCUUUGCCACGCAGCUCCACGGCCGCCUGGCAGAAGACUCCCAGAAGCUGAAGGAGCAGCUGCAGGAGGAGCUGAACCAGCUGCGCGCCCGCAUCACGCCUCACGCCGAAGAGGUCCGGCGGCAGAUGACCAGCACCAUCCAGAACCUCCAGGCCCAGCUCAGCCCGUACGCCGAGGAGCUGCGCAGCCAGGUGAACCGUAACGCGGCCGAGCUGCGCCAAGGGCUGGAACCACUGGCGGAGGAGAUGCGGGCCAAGCUGCGGGAGAACAUGGGCGACCUCCAAGGGGUCCUCUCCCCUUAUGCCGACCAGUUGCAGCAGCGCAUCGAGGCGCAGGUGGGGACCCUCAAGGCCACCCUGGACCCCUACGCCAACAAGCUCAAGGCCGAGGCUGACCGGACCCUGGAGGAACUGCGUGCCAGCCUGGCACCCUUUGCCCAAGAUGCCCAGGGCCAGCUCAACCGCCAGCUGGAGGGCCUCUCCUUCCAGAUGCAGAAGGGUGUGGAGGAGCUGAAGGCCAAGCUCUCUGAAGGGGCCCUCGACCUGGAGACCAAGCUGACCCCCUUGGUCCAGGAGCUGCGGGAGAAGCUGCAGCAGGAUGCCUCCGCAGUGCAAGAGAGCCUGACGCCCUACCUGGACGGGCUAAGCGGGCAGAUCGGGGGCCGGAUCGAGGAGUUCCGCCAGGCGGUGGGGCCCCAUGGAGAGAGCAUCAACCGGCUCCUGGUGCAGAAGGUGGAGGAGAUGAGGAGCAACCUGGAGCCCUACGCCGACAAGGCUGGGGACCACCUGGGCUUCCUGGAGAAGAACCUGAGGGACAAGCUGGCCUCCUUCUUUGAAGGCCUCAAGCAGAAGGAGAACUGAAGGGACCGUCCACAACAGCCUUUCCUUCCUGACUCUGGGGUCUUUGGGCUUCAGAGCUUGAGGCUCUCCAAACUCUCACGAUGGCCUUUGUCUAUGACUCCAACCCUCUUGGGCUUCAGAGUUCGAGGUCUUCCAAACCCCCACAAAACCCCACAAUGGCCUUUCUUUCUUUUGUGACUCCAACCUUCUUGAGCUUCCGAGCUUGAGGUUCCCUGAAAUCUCCCAAAAUCCCAUAGUGGCCUUCUUUUCUUCUAUGACUCCAACCCUCUUGGGCUUCAGGGCUUGAGAUCCUCCAAAAUUCCCACAAAAUCCCACAAUGAUUCUCUAACAGAAUGAUUGAGUGCUUUGUUUAGCUAAAGUUGACUCUCCUUCACCAGUAAACAGAAACAGAAGGGGUUUCAUGUUGAUGUAUGCAGACGAUCUAGCACUCAUCUCCCUCUCUUGGUUGGGUCUGAAAAAUCUUCUGAAGGCUUUCAGUACCUAUCUGUCAAUAAAUUACUCCAAGACCAAGAUUAUGGUAUUUGGCAGGCACUACCUCAGGUAUAAAUGGUCUUUAGGCCAACAUGUCAUAGAACGAGCCCAUCUAUUCAAACAAUGGUCUGUGACUCUGUGAUUCCAGCGACAUUUUGGAGGACCUCAAGCUCGGAAGCCCAAGGGGGCUGGGGAGGGUCGAAAUCUUCAUCGUGGCCAAUAUUAUUUGGCAUCUCUGUUACUCCAUUUGCUUGUUCGCUGCUGCUAGCAACUUCCGCGCACUUUAUGUGUCUGUGCAAACACAUCUAGUUAGCAAAGGUUGCAGACUGUGCUGUAAUAAACGAGCAACUCAGCAAUGCA